AUGGAUAAAAGAAUUCUCUGUAGCCUACUUUCAGGCUUCUUACACGUCCCCCUCAGUACAAAUCUGGUUGCUGCCCUUUAUGCAACUGAUCUCAUCUACCAAUUUCCAAACGGGACUUGGGUUGAGAAUGUUGCAAGACGACCAGAAGGCUCCAUCCACGCCACUAGCAUCACCUCUCCUGACCUGCACCUCCUUCAAUCAUCAUCAGCUAGGCCAGAUCCUAAAUUGAUUCAUACCAAUGGCGGGAGUACUUCCCUUCUAGAGAUUACCGAGACAACAGCGGAUACCAUUUUUGUUGUAGUAUGUAACCGGAUAACAGAUCCCAUACCAGUGAGUCCUGGCAGCAGUAGUAUACGGCGUGUGAGCUUUCCCCAAUAUCACAGCAAUGACGAUUACGGACCUCAUGUUAGCCUCCUCACACAAUUGCCUACUGUGGGCUUCCCAAACGGCCUGGUCACUCUAGGUGGUGACCGGAUUCUACUUGCCGACUCCACAAAGGCUCAGGUCUUGGCGAUCGACACAGAGACUGGUGCUUUAGAUGCAGCUAUUGUGGAUCCUCUCUUCUCCCCAGCCACGGAGGUCAGUAAUGGUUUUGACGGCCUCAAAAUCCACGGCAACACGCUGUAUUUCGCCAACACCGCACAAAAAUCCCUUGGAAGGGUCGACAUCAAAGUGGAGACAGGCAGACAGCUGGGCCCAGCAGCGAUAGUAGCACAUAAUCCGCCUCCCUCUAUGCCUGAUUAUUUUGCCUUAAGUAGAUCUGGUGACGCGGCGUUCCUUUGCAACGCCCCAAGCCACAGGAUAGAACGUGUUGAUUUAGAGAGCAGAAGUGUGGCAAUCGUCAACAGCACAGAGAUCGCACAGCCCACUGCUGCUACCUUUGGGCGUAAUGAGAAGGAAAAUAUUCUAUUUGUUACUACGGCUGGAGGAUUGCUUUUUCCGGUGAACGGGGAUGAGAUUGUGGGAGGGCAGGUGAUUGCCGUCAACUUGGGGAAAGAAGGAACAUGA